AUGAUAAUGUUGAGAUGGUUCACCGACCUGAUCACUUCAAGAGCCUGCAUGCAGUGGAGACUGUUGAAAUGUUUGUUCGAGCUGAAUUUGCAAUUUUUAAAAGAAGAAGUGACAGAGGAUGCAAUCUUUUGUGUGAAUCUGAAAAAAGUUCAUUUUAGUGACAACAGCACAGAUCUGAAUAAUGAAGAUGAGAAGAAGGCCAGGUUACAAUGGAGAUUAGAGGAGCAAAGAAUUUUAAAAUGGGGCACCCUGCCUAAAAUUGUUGAAUGCAUGUGCCAAGCAUCCGGGGAAAUCAAUAUUUUGUUUGUCGACAUCCUCCUAGCCACGUACCUGAAAGUUACCAGUGAAAUAACAGGCAACAAACUUUAUGGAGAAAAAUUAGAUAGAAGUUUAGAAAAAAUCUUACUAUUAUGGCUGGACAGAUAUUUUGAUGAUUUUUUUGAACCACCGACAUUCAACUCACUCAGCCAGUUGAAUUCAUUUGUUCAGUCACAUUUUUCUGACUCUCAGCUUGCUAGAGAAACAAAAGAAAGAAUGCACAUUUGCUUAAUGUCAGAAUCAGUUGAAGAUGAUUUGAUGUAUGGUUCGAUGCUGGAUGUGGUUGAGUGGGUUUGGAAGACACACCUCCCCGUCUUCAGUCCUCCGUUUGAUAUCUUCUCCAUUCCUCCUUCUUACUUAGCACAACAACUAACAUUCAUCGACUCCAAGUUAUUUGGGAAUGUGCAAGCACAUCACUGCUUGGGCUCCAUCUGGUCACAGAGGAAUGAUAAAAAACUGUCGACUUCAUCCCGUCCCUACUCUGUACUUGCAACAGUCGAACACUUCAAUGCCGUCUCGUACCGAGUCAUUUCUACUAUUUUGAAGUGGCCAUAUGCAACAGUCACGAAUCGAACCGUCAUCCUUGAAAAGUGGAUUGUCGUAGCUCAUGAAUGCAAGAAGCUGAAGAACUUUUCGUCUUUGAAGGCCAUCAUUGCUGCCCUCCAAUCAAAUUCUGUCUUCAGAUUGAAGAAAGUUUGGCUGGCUCUGUCCAAAGAGAGGAUGGAUACGUACAACGAGCUUGCAUCUAUCUUCAACGAAGAAAACAAUCAGGCACUGCUGAGGGAGAUAUUGAAUAAAGAAGGUGCCGUCAGGUGCACAACUGACUCGGAACAUCAGCCACUCACUGGCGACCACGAUUUCAAUAUCACUGGUAAUGCUAACUGGGUCGGAGGCAGCAGAGGAAGACGUUGGAGACAGAAGAUGAUGAUGAUGAUGACCAGAAUGAAUGCCGAUAAGAAAUCUAACACAACUUUGCAAAAGCUGGAAGAUUCGACUAGAGAAUUGGAUGCAGAUGCAUUGAGGGAGGCCUGGUGGCAGCCUUCCUUGCACAGCACCAUUCCAUACUUGGGCACGCUGCUGACGGAUCUGAUGAUGCUGGAUGCUGCCUUCGUUGAUGUCGACCACGAGACAAAGAUGUUCAACAUGGACAAGAAGAGGAAGGAGUAUGAGGUGUUGGCACAAAUUCAGAUGCUGCAGUCAUCAUCGUCGUCGUCGUCGCAACCGCCAUCAUCGUUUGGUUCUUCAUCAUUCAUUCAGCCCGAUCCAUGCUUUCUUGAUUGGUUUUAUUCUAUAAGAACAUAUGAUGAUAAUGAGAGUUAUGAACUUUCAUUGGAGAUAGAACCAAGUAACAACAGUGGAACUAAGGAGAAAGCACUGAAGAACCACAAAAGAAACGUUAGCCUCGGUUACUUCACCAUCAGACGCAGAGGCUCCAUGGAUGAUGGCAACCACCUGAAAAAUGCUUCUUCUGCUUGCUGCACAACAUCUGCUGCUGCCGCUACUGCUGCUGCUGCUACUACUGCUGCUGCUGCUGCUGCUGCUGGGUGUGGCGUGCUCGAUGAGGAUAGGAAGAGUAUUCAGAGUUUGAAAGAGAUGAGUGUUCUCUCAAAAGCUCUUACCCAACAGUUUGAUACACUGAGCAUGAUAUCGAAGUGUACCUCAAUGAAUAAUCUCCUGGCCAAUCAGAAACCUUCUUCUCUUCAUUCACCACCUUCCAAAACCUUUCACGACCAAUCAAAUUGCAUUCCCGUCAAAGUUGAACUCAUUUACAAUCAAUCACACAGCAGCAAUUUUUACAAAACAAUUCUGGUCUCAAAUGUUGAUCAUGUAUCGACAGUGAUGAGGAAGAUUCUGUCAAAAUUCCACAUCGAAGACGUCAGCCCAGACGAAUUUGCACUUUCACAAAAGCUUGAGAACAACAGUGAAAUCUACCUACCUGACCGGGGCAAUGUUUACUACGCUAUCAAAUCAUCGUCAGACGUUCGACUCAUUGCACGGCUGAAAAAUCAAAAGGUUAUCAAAGAUCACAAGAGCAAAAGUAAUAGCAGAGGCUCUUCUGUAAUUGCUAAUAAUCGGAGACUUAUUCAAAGAACUAAUAAGUUAUCUAAAUUAUUCAGCUCUAUGGUGUCUUUGAUACCAUCAUCUUGAUACAGUUUUGAUGUUGCACUCGUUUUUUUUAAAUUUAAUUGCUCUGUGCCUUAUUUUGUGUAAUAUAUAUAUACAUAUAUAUAUAUAUAUAUAUAUAUAUAUAUAUAUAUAUAUAUAUUUGAAUAUGGAUGAGUUGUGUGCUAUCAUGCGUUUGCGUAUUUAUUUACUUUUCAUUUGAAAUGUUACUUUGUGAUUACGUCCGUUGUUGACUAGACCUUAUGACAUUUCAAUAUAUCAUCCAUGUGCAUUAUUCAUUUGUUUUAUACAUUCAAUAGCCAUUCAUUCAAAUGCAUUCAUGCAUCAUUCUUCAUACUUGUACAGAGAGAUUUUUUAAAGUAUUACCGGCGUGUGUUUAAAUGUUGGAGUGUAUGGCUGGCCACUUCAUUAUUAUCGAUUGCUUUUGGUUUAAUUAAUCUUUUGUAUUGUAGUCUAAUUAAAUAUUUUGAUACGCUUUGAUUCAUUUGAUCGAUGAAUUUUGUUCAAUAUUUCAGUUUAGUGAUACAAUUUAGAUGUUUGUUUGAGAUGUUUUAAAACUAACUCAUGUUGGCUUAGCUGUUGGUGGUUGAUCUGAUCUAAUACCUUCGAUUUUUCAAUUACUUCAUCGCUUUUUACGAUGUCCAAUGAUUUUACAAACUUUGAUUCACCUUUGAUUUUUAUAUUUUUAUGAUUUUUUCAUCAUUCGCUGUCCCCAACCCGUUGAUCCGUGCACGACCAACUUUCGAUUCACUAUCCUGAUUACCUGUCUGGCUGACCAAAGACAGCAAAUCGCUUGAAAAAUGUCGAAUUAUAAACAUCACGUGAUUAUCGGCCAUGAUACGUGCUCCGUGUGACGAUAUUUGCGUUUUUAAUUUUUAAAUGCGAAUUUUUUUUGUCUGAUGCGUCUGAUUUUGUAAGAAAAAUUAUCUUUUUAAAUUUGUCAAGUUCUUCGAUUUCAUAUCAGCCAUUAAUAACGUUCACAAUUUUUGAGGUCAGGCAUUUAAAAAAAAGUAACCCCACACAACACAGACCCAGCCACUGAAGGACACUUGCAAGUCAAUUUAUUUGGGUUUUAAUUGUAAAACAUUGAAAUAAUUGAAUUGAAUAAAAUUGUGUGAUCAAUCGGUUUAUAAUUAAACAAACAAAACGCUGCUCAGUUAUAACAAGUUAUAUAUGUGUAAUUAGUAUUAGUUUUUUAACUCUUUAACAAGCCAUUCCCAGUUUGAGAUGAGUCAGUGAUGUCCAGUUGGAGUGUUAAAAAUUUUAAUGGGACCAGCAGUGACAUUGGAGAAGUCAGCAACGAGGUGUACGACAGUUCCGAUCAACAUGAUUCGUCUCAGCAGAAGUGGUGGUGGUGGAGCUGGAGACCCCAACACAUCACCUCCUUUUCACCAAGAUAUCUCUAUUUUAAAUCAUAAAAAUCAAAUUGAUGCAGCUAACAUUGCUAAUGAUACCUCAACCUCUUGCAUGAGUACCACUAUUACUGAUGAGAACGCUAAAAUUGUUAAUAACUUUAACAAUGAUGAUAGUAAUUUAAAUACAAGUGCAAGAAUUGGUCCUGAAGAUACUCAAGUGAGUGGAUUUGGAAGUUGCUUGCCCAUUUUCAGUAGAGGAGGUGCCUCUAUUGAGGGCUCAAGCGAUGACAUAAAAAUCAAUUUGGCUAGAAAAUUUGAAGUGAAAAAUUUUAUUCACUCAAAGGAAGUUUCUAAUUAUGACAACAUUAAUUCUCUUAAUGAAAGCAGUUUAAUAUCAUCCAUUGAU